AUGGCGCUUCAGCCCAUCUUCAAAAAGGCCUACUGGUCGCUGGCAGCUGGCGGUCUGAUUUAUGUGCUCUUUAUUUGCUCGUUGACUUUUCCUCAGGUCCAGCGCUUUGCUCUCUACGCCAACAAGAUCAACCCCAGCUUCUGGGAAGACUUGGACCAUGUCGAGCCAUUUGGAUUCCUGAGAACCCAGGUGCAGCCAUUCAAUUUGGCCACCCCGGAUAAUGAGACGCUCUAUGGCUGGCAUCUGCUGCCAUUGCAUCUCUGCCGGCAGCAUGAGAAGGAGCUGAUGGAGAACCCUCCCUCCGGCCCGGCCGAUGAUUAUACGCAAACUCUUGCUUUUAAGCUCCUGGCCAACGAUCCCAAUGCCCGAGUUGUCGUGAACUUCCACGGUAACGCGGCUCAUCUCGGGUCCGCGCAGCGCCCAGCUGUCUAUAACACCAUGCUCGGUCUUUCGACGCCGCAAAACCCGGUCCAUGUCUUUGCCAUUGACUACCGCGGCUUCGGUGUAUCGACCGGCUUCCCCACUGAGGAGGGUCUAAUCACCGACGGUGUAUCGCUCAUUAACUUCCUCACCGCAGGUCCCUUGAAGAUUCCUCCAUCUCGCAUCAUCAUUAUGGGACAAAGUCUGGGGACAGCCGUUACAGCAGCAGUGGCCGAGCGGUUCGCAUUCGGGUCUUCUGACCCCAAAGCUCUUCAGCCCGCCAUUAAGAACGCCGAGCCCUUCGCCGGCGUGAUUCUUCUGGCAUCUUUCAGCAGUCUUCCCAGUCUCAUCGAAUCCUAUAGUUUCAAGGGAAUCACUCCCCCAAUGCUAUCACCUCUCAUGGGAUAUCCUCGGUUUCAGAGAUGGGUCCUCAGCCACAUCGUCGAUUAUUGGGAUACAGCUGCAAGGGUAGCGCGUCUGACGGGUGUUCAUUCGGCGGGCCCGGAUGCUUCCGGCGUGAAGUACACUGACAAGGAUCUUGAUCUGACAAUCAUCCACGCUCAGAAUGAUGUUGAAAUCCCCUGGUAUGAAGGACGCCUGGUCUGGGUGGCUGCCACAGGAGAGAAUAUCGAAGGUACCCUCGGCGCCUUGACCUAUGAACAGGCCGAGACGGACAGCCCUAGCCAGGUGAAGAUUUGGGAAAACAGCGUCGUUAAGAAAGACGGCACCAAGGCCGUGAAGAAAGUCCGCUGGGAACGGGUUCGAUAUGGAGGUCACAAUAGGGUCGCAACAUUCUCUGUUGCUGGAUUGGCUGCGCUGCGGGCCUUUGAAGAGUGA